GCUAAGUUCCUCCUAAUCUAAUAAAUCAUGUGUGACGACGAUGUUGCCGCUCUCGUAGUUGACAAUGGAUCCGGAAUGUGCAAAGCUGGAUUCGCUGGAGACGACGCUCCACGCGCCGUGUUCCCAUCCAUUGUCGGAAGACCUCGUCAUCAAGGAGUCAUGGUCGGUAUGGGACAGAAAGACUCGUACGUCGGAGACGAGGCCCAAUCCAAGAGAGGUAUCCUUACCCUUAAGUACCCAAUUGAGCAUGGUAUCGUUACCAACUGGGACGACAUGGAAAAAAUCUGGCAUCACACUUUCUACAACGAGCUUCGCGUUGCCCCAGAAGAGCACCCAGUACUUCUCACUGAAGCCCCACUCAAUCCAAAGGCUAACCGUGAAAAGAUGACCCAAAUCAUGUUCGAGACCUUCAAUACCCCAGCCAUGUAUGUCGCCAUCCAAGCUGUCCUCUCCCUCUACGCUUCCGGACGUACCACCGGAAUCGUCCUCGACUCUGGAGAUGGUGUUACCCACACAGUCCCAAUCUACGAAGGAUAUGCCCUCCCACACGCCAUCCUCCGUCUUGACUUGGCUGGACGUGAUCUUACUGAUUACCUCAUGAAGAUCCUUACCGAGCGUGGUUACUCUUUCACCACCACCGCUGAGCGUGAAAUCGUCCGUGACAUCAAGGAGAAGCUUUGUUACGUCGCCCUCGAUUUCGAGCAAGAAAUGGCCACCGCCGCUUCUUCCUCUUCCCUCGAGAAGUCCUACGAACUUCCUGACGGACAAGUCAUCACUGUUGGAAACGAACGCUUCCGUUGCCCAGAGGCUCUGUUCCAACCAUCCUUCUUGGGUAUGGAAUCUGCAGGAAUCCACGAGACUUCUUACAACUCCAUCAUGAAGUGCGACAUUGAUAUCCGUAAGGACUUGUACGCCAACACUGUUCUUUCCGGAGGAACCACCAUGUACCCAGGAAUUGCUGAUCGUAUGCAGAAGGAAAUCACCGCUCUUGCCCCAUCAACCAUGAAGAUCAAGAUCAUCGCCCCACCAGAGCGCAAGUACUCCGUCUGGAUCGGAGGAUCUAUCCUCGCCUCCCUCUCCACCUUCCAACAGAUGUGGAUCUCCAAGCAAGAAUACGACGAGUCUGGACCAUCAAUUGUUCAUCGCAAAUGCUUCUAAACGUUUUAACAAUUUAUGUAAUAUUCACCUGAACUUUUGGAAAUGUCCAGAUAACGUCAUCUGCCUUACGGAUUUUCACACCCCGAUUUUAAAUUAUAAAUCUGCUUCGUGUAAGCAUCGUUU